AUGACUAUUUUUCGCAUCCUGGGCGACCUGAGCCACAUGGCGUCCAAAGGAAUCCUCAUCUUUGCCAUUCACAACAAUCGCAGCGCCGAAGGCGUCUCUCUCAUUACGCAGAUUCUCUACGCCCUCGUCUUUUGCACCCGAUACCUCGACCUCUUUCGCACAACUUCAGCAUGGAACGUCAUCUUCAAAAUCGUCUACAUUCUGACUUCAUUCUACAUUCUCGGCGUUAUGCAAUGGGUCUUUCCUCGCUCCCGCGAAAGAGAGCUGUCCUGGAAGCUCGGUGCUAUAAUCCUCGGUGGCUCUGCUGCUCUGUCCCCAUUCGUUAUGCUUGCCUUGAUGGCCAAGGAUAAAUGGGGCUUUUUUUCAUGGAUGUGGUCCUUUUCCGAGAUUCUCGAGUCUGUCUGUGUCCUUCCCCAGCUUCUCCUGCUCCGCCAAACGACUGUCCCUACCGUUAUCGACUCGUUCUACCUCGUUGCGCUCGGCUCCUACCGAGCCCUAUACUGCCUCAACUGGUUCCUGCGCAUGUUUGACGACCACAAGCCAGAGGCUAUUUCAGUCAUUUUUGGCAUUAUUCAAACCGCUCUCUACGCCGAUUUCGCUUGGGUCUACUACACUCGCCAGCGCGUAAAGCUGCGCGGUGGCGGUGUUGUAGAUGCCGACGACUUGCGCAAUGGCUGGCUAGUCCAGCGCAUCUUUGGCCGUACUCUUGGUCAACACAACGAAGAGCACGACGAGGAGGCUGGCCUCAACAAUGACGAGCAGCGCGGCGGCCGGCCCAAGUGGGGAUCCCGUGGCAUCUCAGUCAGCGCCGACGAGGGCGUCUUUGAAGACGAGGAGCAUGGAGAGGGCUCCCAGGGGUUGGAUGACGCCGUGGAUCCUGAUGCCAAGAUGCAGGAUCCUGAUGACCUUGCCAAAGCGCUCGACGACGAUGAUGAAGCUGAAGAUGCACCUCUUCGCGGACAGUCAUCCAGCCAAACGCCAGCUGGUAUCCGUGGGGGUGAUGAGUGGAGAGAUUAG